ACACACACGCCCACACACACACACGCCCACACUCACUAUCACACACACACACUCUCUCACACACACACACGCUCUCACACACGCACGCACUCCCACGUGGACACUCCACGCCGCUGUGGGCUGUCUGCAGGACUCUCGUCGUCGUCUCCACUGAGCCGCCAGCCACUCGCAAGGUGCGCGGUGUGGCGGACCCCGAGGAGGGACACCCACAGGCUCGCAUCGGCCGUGCGCGGACGACGCCACCGCUGCGUGUGGAGCACCUCGGUCGGCGGGGGUAAGGGGCGGGCGAGGGACGGCGCGGUGAAGGUCCGGUCGCGGGGAACUUGGCGGCAUGAAGUCCCUGGGACGGCUGCUCUCGCGACGCCUCUCCACGCGCGACGAUGAGGAGGAGCUGUCGGAGCUCACGGUCAACGGCAGGCUGGGAGCCGUCUCGAGCCUCGUGGACGACGGCGCUUUCAGAGGCGAUCCCUUCAAGGGGGGCCCCAUCGACGUACAGCCCGGCUACGGUGGGCUGGAGUCGAGUCCGCGAGUCGCGGCGCGCUCCCCUCCGUCCCCCGCGGCUCCGAGCGCCGCGACGCGGCCGGGCGCGCCGGCAGGACGGCCGAGCCGGCGCGAGCGCUCGCUGCUGCUGCUGCUGGCGCUCGCACUGCUGGGCCUCGCCAUCGCCGGCCUGGGCUGGGGCCUCAGCGAGCGACGAGCAAGACACACAGGCGUGUGUUUGUCGGAGAGGUGUGUGCGCGUGGCCGCCGGCGUCCUCGCCUCCAUGGACCGCACCGUCGAGCCGUGCCAGGACUUCUACGGCUUCGCGUGCGGCAGGUGGGAGCGCCUCAACCCCCUCCCCGACGGCCACUCGCGCUGGACCACCUUCAGCUCCGUGUGGAGGCAGAACCAGGCGACGCUCAAGCACCUCCUCGAGCUGCCGGAGGAUGCUGCGGGCCGGGAGCUGGGCGACGCGCAGGGGAAAGCGCGGCGCUACUUCCGCUCGUGCAUGGACGAGCAAAGCAUCGAGCAGCGGGGAGCCGCGCCACUGCAGCAGCUGCUGACACAGCUGGGAGGCUGGAGCAUGCUGGGCACGUGGAACGAGACCGGCCACUCGCUGCAGGACCUGCUGGAGGUCGUCAUGGGCUCCUACCGCGCCUCUCCCUUCUUCGCCAUCUACGUGGGGCAGGACGCGAAGCACUCCAACAGCAACGUCGUCCAGAUUGACCAGUCGGGUCUCGGAUUGCCGUCACGUGACUAUUACAUCAACCUGACGGCCAAUGAGAAGGUGUUGGCGGCCUACGAGGGCUACAUGGUGCGCGUGGCCGUGCUGCUGGGGGCGGAGGAGGCGGCGGCCAGUGACGCGGCUCGCUCCGUGCUGCGCCUGGAGGAGGAGCUGGCGCUCAUCACGGUGCCCAUGGAGGAGCGGCGCGACGACGAGAAGAUCUACCACCGCAUGGCGCUCACCGAGCUGCAGGAGCUGGCGCCGACGCUGCGCUGGGACCGCCUCGUUGGCCGCGUGCUGGAGCCCGUGGCGCUGGCGGAGGCGGAGCCGCUCGUCGUGUACGCGCCCACGUACCUGCGGAACGCCGCGGCGCUCAUCAACCGCACCGACACCAGCGUGCUCAACGCGUACGUGCUGUGGAGCCUCGUGAGCAAGCUCACGCUCAGCCUCGGCCGCUCCUUCCGCCAGGCGAGGGAGGAGCUCUUGGAGGCCCUGCUCGGAGCGAAGGCGUCGUGCACCCCGCGCUGGCAGACGUGCGUGGAGGACACGGACAGCACGCUGGGCUUCGCGCUCGGAGCCAUGUUCAUCCACAGCUUCUUCGACAACUCCAGCAAGAGCAACGCCCAAGAGAUGAUCGCGCAGAUCCGAGAGGCGUUCACGCACAACUUGGACUCGCUCCAGUGGAUGGAUCCGGAGACCAGAGUGGCCGCCAAGCAGAAGGCGAACGCGAUCCACGACAUGAUCGGCUUCCCCGAUUUCCUCAACAACCAGACGGAGCUGGACGGCGUCUACGCCGGGUACACAGUGAGCGAAGACGACUACUUCGCAAACGUCCUCAGCUUCUUCAACUUCUCGGCACGAACGAUGGCCAAGCAGCUGCGGAAAACUCCCGAGAGAGACACCUGGAGCAUGACCCCCCCAACGGUGAACGCGUACUACGGGCUGAGCCGCAACGUGAUCGUAUUCCCCGCGGGCAUCCUGCAGCCCCCCUUCUACAGCAGCGACUUCCCCAAAGCGCUGAACUUCGGUGGGAUCGGAAUGGUGAUGGGUCACGAGCUGACGCACGCGUUCGACGAUCAGGGCCGUGAGUACGACGCGGAGGGGAACCUGCGGUCGUGGUGGGGGAACGAGAGCCUCACGGCGUUCCACAGCCACACGGCGUGCAUGGAGCGCCAGUACAGCUCCUUCACCGUGGCCGGGGAGCACGUGGACGGCCGCCGCACGCUGGGAGAGAACAUCGCCGACAACGGCGGCCUCAAGUCGGCCUACCACGCUUACGAGAGCUGGGUGAGUUCGCACGGGGAGGAGGAUUUGCUGCCUGGCGUGGGACUCACCAACUCCCAGCUCUUCUUCGUGGGAUUCGCGCAGAUGUGGUGCGCGGUGCGGACGGCGGAGAGCGCUCACGAGGGGCUGCUGGCCGACCCGCACAGCCCGUCGCACCUCCGCGUCGCCGGCUCCGUCUCCAACUCGGAGGAGUUUGCGCGCCACUUCUCCUGCGCUCCCGGCACUCCCAUGAACCCCACCGACAGGUGCUCCGUGUGGUGACCACGAGACCACGAUGGUGGCGGCAGCGGCGGCGAUGACCGCGGCGGUGGUGGUGGUGGUGGUGUUAUUGUUCGUGAUGGUGGUGUUGUGUUGUGUGUGUAUGUUGAACUUCUUUUGCACUGUACGUAGCCAACCAUGCAAACGGAGGUGCGGGUGAAGGACAACAAACUAAACACACAAAGCAGUUGUCAAGAAAUGAGUUUGUCCGUCUAGAUGAUUAAAAAAUGCGUAGCUCCCUGUGGCCUUCCUAAUGUCGAACGGAAGAGCGUUGCAGACGGCUGCAAAAGGGCGUCUAAAAGCGCGUGAUGGAGUGACCGUCUUUGUUCGAUGGAUAGCCAAACAGAAAGUUGGUACAUGAUAAUGGCAUCUUUGUCUCAAUGUCAUCGCCGCCGCCGCCGCCAGCAACAGCUGCCCCAACCACCGACAGCAGCGGCAGCGUCACUGUUGUCACCUCUGUAAACCGACCGCGGUAAAGUUCAAGCAUUGCCAAACCCACCGUCGCCAACGGUGAAUGACUCUACCGGUGUCAUGUUCAAGCGUCAUUGUUAACUUGCCACAGCAACCUGCACCACGACUUCCACUGGAAUUCACUUUCACUGCCACCGUCAAAUUUACAAAAAGCGACUGGGUCACAACCUGCAGCAGCACCACCACGGUAAACUCCCUCCGCCAACCUCGCCAUCAACGCCGUCACCGCCCCCAACAACCCUUAACGAUCGACAGCAUUGUCCUCAUCAUCAUCAUCAUCAAAUCCACCAUCACAACAAUAGACCACGUGCAUCGGCACCACAAAGACCAUGACGUUAAAUGAUUUGCUUAAGCACGACCACGAACCCUCGUGCCCUUGACGAGUCUGGCUGAGCAGAAUGAUGCGUUUUGUCGUACGUUUGUAUAUUGCGCCUAUAUUAAAACUGAAUUGGAGGUAAAUUCAGAAAGUUUACCAAGAGGGCCCUGGGUUAUUAAACGACAAGGAUUUGCGGUGAAGUCGCCUUGGUGUUACGGGUACCACGGUGGCUAUGAGAUGUUAAAUACCUCGCCUGGUAUACAGGAGGUCGUGGGU